CCAUUAAUAAUUAAUCCAGGUUUUCUUGAUUAGUUUAACCGUCUAUGUAAAUAUGGUUGACAAACUAGAAGACGCGAAAGAGGAAACGAGUAAAGUGGACGUUGAUAUUGACAUCACAGCAGAUGAUACAAAGGAGAAACCGACCAACGGGACUACAGAACUGCCAGCAGAAAAACAGAACAAUACGGUGAAGAAGAUGCCAAAAAAACCUGCACCACCGAUCCCGAAAAAGGGUUAUAACGUAGCUACAGAAAACGGCAGGGGACGAAUCGUUAGCGAGAUGUAUACGAACCAACAGGCAAAACAGCCUGAACACCAACUCGCACAGUUACAGCCUAUGGUGAAUAAUACUAACGUAUCACAGAUGUUCAACUACGAUAGAUACGCAACGGUGAAGUCAGCUGGCAUCGGGCUACUCACCAUUACUCUCAUAGUGGACGCCUCUGUUCGGCUCCGGAAAGUAGUGGAAAUGGGCGCGGACGGAAAAUGGUAUUUACCGAUGCUUAUUCUUAUAUCUGUCCUGCUUGGGUUGUUGGCGCUUGAAGGAAUUCUGCUCGUAUUUCUAAGCACACAAAACAUCCAGAACCCAAGAAAGCAAGGCUGUCUACAAAGACUCAACAUCACGUGCACGAUAUUCGCCGGUAUCAUCACAAUCAUCAGUGUUAUAGUAUUGAACAUAAUGGCCGACAGCGGACUGUACGUCGGGAUACCAAACCCGGUGUCUAACGGAACAGUUUCGAUACCAACAACGCCACCUGGCAAGUGAACGUUGAUGGGAUCGACUUCCGCUAACAGCGCCUCACAAUAACUCUGCUAUUUUCUUCUCGCCGCCUGUACAAAUACAUCAACAACUUUUAAAA